AUGGCUUCCAGCAUCAGUAUUAGUUUAUUUCUUGUUUGUUUAUCAAUUGCCGUAUGUUUCGGUCAACAAGAAUCAUAUCCAAUGUGGAAAGUAUUUUGUAGUGGCAGACCUCUUUAUCGUGGUCGUCUCGAUUCCAUUGUUACUCCAGGUUCACCAGCAGGUCAUGUACAUAAAGUGAUGGGUGGAAGUCAUUUCAGUGCUGGAGUAAAAGGUCAAUCACCUCAAGAAUUAUUUGAGGUAACAAAGUCAGCAGACUGUACUACAUGCUCAAUUCAUACUGUAGACAACAGUAACUAUUGGCAUCCAGAGUUAUAUUACCAAUGGCCUAAUGGAACAUUUUCAGUGGUACCUGAUGGUGGUUUAACUGUAUAUUAUAUUGCUCGAACUGGUGAGGCUGGUGGUCCACAAUACAAUAAUCCUAAUUGGCAACCAUUUCCUAAAGGUCUUCGUAUGAUUGCCGGUGAUCCUUGGCGACGAACAUACAAUAAAUCGGACAAUACACACAAUGCUGUCAGCUUUGUUUGUUUAACAGAUUUUGGUAUGCCUAAUGCUCCUGAAACAAAUGGAUUUCAAACAGAUAAAUACUUCUGUAAAAAUGGUUUUCGAAUGCAAGUCUUUUUUCCAAUGUGUUGGGAUGGAAUAAAUCUAGAUUCACCUAAUCAUCGUUCACAUAUGGCAUAUCCAAGUCAAUAUAAUACUGGAGAUUGUCCAGCUAGUCAUCCUGUUCGUAUACCUGGCCUUUUCUUUGAAGCUUUCUAUGCUAUCGAUAAAUUUCCUCAUGGAACAGGUCGACAACCAUUUGUUUUAGCAAAUGGUGAUCCAACAGGCUACGGCUUUCAUGGAGAUUUCGUUAAUGGAUGGGAUGUUGAUGUUGUAAAAAAUAUGCUUUCCGAUAAAUCAUGUCUUGCAAGUAAUACUAAUCUUGGUAAUAAUCCAGAACGUUGUUUACCUAUACAAAAUUUUGUAAAGAAAUCUAUCGAUUCUGAUUGUGAAUUAGCCAAAGCUAUUCCAUUAACCGAAAAUAUAGGAAUGGUUGAACCUGUUAGUAGAUUACCUGGCUGCAAUCCAAUUCUUUAUUCAAAUCCUGUUGUAUGCUCAGAAGGUAGCGAACCAAGAUCGAUGAACAAUAGUGGUACUUUUCACCUUCUAUCCAAAAGAACUGGUCGAUAUGUUACAUUCAAUCCUAUUACUGAAAUAGUUUAUGCUAAUGCACCUGCAAUUAAUCCUAGUUAUCGUGAAACAUGGGGUCUUGGUUGGGCAGGACGAGAUUUAGGUCGUACAAUACGCAGCACAGAAUUAAAUAGACAUUUUACAAUGCAAGAUAUACUUCGAGUUCGAGGUCCAGAACCUGAUACUUGGGAAAUUUUUGAAAUUGAAAAACAAGCAAACAGUGAUUAUGUUGCCAUUAAAAAUCGUCGACAUAAUAAAUAUUUGCAAGUAGAACCAGAUUUUACUAUUACUGGUACUGCAACAAUUAUUACUGAUGCUUGUCUCUUUCGAUUGGUCACACCUGAUGGUGGUCAUGUACCUCAAGGAUUGACAAUGUCUGAUGUAACUAAUUUACAAGGUCUAUCAAGUAAUCUUGGAAAAAAAUAA